AUUUCAGGUCCCUAUCGUGUCGAGUUAGACCCAAACAACCACACCGUGAGUUUUGUGGCCACCUGUCGGGGCAACACGAAAAUCAUCAUCGAUGGCUACAGCUACACCCGGCAUCACACGUACAAUAACCACACCCACUGGAGGUGUGCCAAGUCUCUUUGGUACGAGGAACCGCUGAAGCCCUUCAACGAAGUAAUAUACGGCAAAACCAAAGCCGGACGGCCCAAGAUCACCUUCGACGGGUUCAGCUACAGCAAACACUACCGGACGGGUUCGAAAUCAGUGUGGCGUUGCUCGAGUAACUUUGGAAAGUGUCCCGCCAAGCUUUUCACCUCAUCCAAGAGCACGAAAGUGGAGUACAAUUUCGUCCAACAUAACCAUUCGCCGGAGUGGUUUUGACAGCAACAUUUUUUCAAAAGAUUUUUUGAGCUUUUUUCAAGUUUUUUAUGCAUGUUGAAAAACUAGUUAUUGUAAAUGUCCGGAAUGUUAAUAAACAUUGUUAUUUACCAAAGA